AUGGGUGUGACCCAGGAGCGGCUCCAGUAUGCAUUCGGGGACUCUUCCAAAUCAAAAUGGAGUUAUCAGUUAGUGUCCCUGGUGUCGCCCUCUCUCUACUCACUGCUCUCUUGCCUGGGCUCUGCUGGAGUUGAAUGGUAUGUGUCUGUGUUCCCUUCCACAGCUAUUGACCUUCUGUACUGGCGGGACAUCAAGCAGACGGGGAUUGUGUUCGGGAGCUUCCUGCUGCUGCUCUUCUCCCUGACCCAGUUCAGCGUUGUGAGCGUUGUGGCCUACCUGGCCCUGGCUGCCCUCUCAGCCACCAUCAGCUUCCGCAUCUACAAGUCUGUUCUACAAGCUGUGCAGAAGACAGAUGAGGGUCACCCUUUCAAGGCCUACCUGGAGCUGGAGAUCACCCUGUCCCAGGAGCAGAUCCAGAAGUACACUGACUGCCUGCAGCUGUAUGUGAACAGCACACUCAAAGAGCUACGGAGGCUUUUCCUCGUCCAGGACCUGGUGGAUUCCUUGAAAUUUGCAGUCCUCAUGUGGCUCCUGACCUACGUCGGCGCGCUCUUCAAUGGCCUGACCCUGCUGCUUAUGGCUGUGGUUUCGAUGUUUACUCUACCUGUGGUGUAUGUUAAACACCAGGCACAGAUUGACCAAUAUCUGGGACUUGUGAGGACUCACAUAAACACUGUCGUGGCAAACCGACAGCGCCGGCCUGGCAGCAAGAUGGCUCUCCGCCCCUGGACCCCCGAUAAGGGGUUUGUCAACGAGGAAGCGAAGCAGCCUGCCUCAGUCUCCACCACCCUCUCCCUGGAGCUAUGCACCUUCCCCCGCACCCUGGGCUCCUCCGUAGCGGCCGCCGCAUUAGAGCAGCUUCUAGUUGUGGAAAAAUCUCUGCAAGGUGACUAUUUCACUUGCAAUGAAGAAAUUAAAACCUUCCUUAAGGACAUUACUGUGGCUGUUAAAAAAUUGGAAGAAAUGAGAAGAAAGACAAUUGAACUUCUAGAAAUUGAGAGCAUGGAACUGAGCAAACUCUACUUUCUGCUGGAGACUGUGCCCAACAGCAUCAGAAAGGAGCUAGAAG